AUGAAAUUUUCAAAUUUUUUCAUCCCCGCUGUUUUUGCUCAGCAAUACUCUUGGGAAAACCUGGUCAACAUCGAUGACCCUAGAAGCUGCAUCAUUUGCGACGAGCAAGGAGCACCAGAAGAUGUCUACCUCAAAUGCCAGACAACAGGACUUAGCCCUUCCUUUUUUGCUAAGUUGAAAAAUAUCUUGACCCAUCUAAAAGGAGCGAUCAAGCAGUGCGGUAAGUAUCAGAUCUGCGAAUUCACCGAAAGACGCAACAACGGACAGGUGCAGAUCCACAGCCAGUGCAAGCAGAAGCGAUCCUGCAAGAUCGAAGCAAAGCACAACAAGACCCAGUGCAAGAAAAAUGGGCAGAGAGACCGCAACGGAGUGUUGGUUUCUUCGACUUGUCGUCAAUGCUUCCCCAGCGCGUUGAUUUUCACGCAGGUGCUUGGAAUGCUCGAAACUGGAUCUUACCCGCAUACGAUGUUUGAUACAAACUUUGAUACUGUAUUCCUCGCCUGA